AUGGGUCCUUGGAAGCGCUCAAGCAAGCAGUCGCCACUUGUCCAGUUCUCGGUAGUCUGGUGGCACUGUCAUCAAGCAAAUUUCAGGCCAUCCAGCUCAGAGGAUGACGGGGUCAACUUUGUGAUGCUCAGCCUUGGGGCCCUCCAUGAAAAAGUGAUCAGUGGCGAAGCACUCACGUCUUCUUCUUUUAGACAGAUCACCGACAUCUUGUUUGGUGCAAUGGCAUCCACAACAUUGUUUCCAACACGUCAGUUCUACAACAAGGUGACGUCUCUGCUCCUUGACAAGUACCCACAGCUGCGAGACGUUGUUGGAAGUGGAUCCGACUCCUGGAAAGUAGCACUUCGAAAUAAAUUCAAAAACCAGAGACGGAAACUUCAAGAUGAUCGUGCAUUGCAAAACCGAGAGAAAUUUGGUGCUCAAAGACGAACUGAGGCAGCCGCGAAGGAGCUCCAGCGCAGCAAGAAGCCUAAGAUGGCUAUCGGCCUCCCAAACCUCACAGGAGAAGAUGAGACUAGUAUCACCAAACACGAGGAAUGGCUCAUCUUAGAAAGCAAGAAGUCUUUACCAAAUGAGAAGGCGAUGCAAGAAAGAAUGGCCCUAACAGCAAACCAAAGACUUCGUGACCUUGCCAAGAGCACUGUGCUCGAUGUCAAGAUGAAAUAUCCAUGCCUCAUGGAAUUUCAACGAGAUGUGCUGUGUAGCAUAUAG